CAUGCCCCCACCUAAAAUUAUUUAUUUUUUAUAAUAAUGAUCAUCAUCUAGCUUCGUUUUUGUUCUUGUUAAAUUUCUUGUAUUUUAGGUUUUUAUAUUUUUUAAAAUGUUGAUGUUACUUGAGACCCCAGCCGGCUACGGCCUGUUUAAAUUAACAAACGAUAAAAUGCUAGAAUGCAACGCGGACGAGGUUUAUAAAUACUUUGAAGACUCCGAUACCGCAAAAUCAUCUGUAUGUUUGAAGUCAUUUAUGAAGUUUAAGAACAGCGAAGAUGCUGUGAAAGAGGCAAACUGCCUGAUAGAAUCCAGACUGGGAAAAGGACUCCGUAAAUUUCUAACCAAAAAUAUUCUGAACAAAUCUUUGACUGACGAUUUGGCGAUUUGUGACAAGGCUUUGGGGAUGGAAAUUCAGAAAAACCUGAACAUAAACGUCUGCUUUAACCAGAAGACUAGUGAGAUAAUCAGAGGACUUCGUAUGCAGUUUCAUGAGCUUGUAAGUGGGCUUUCAGAAGAGGACACAAGGUCAAUGGCACUUAGUUUAUCGCAUUCUCUGACCAGAUUUAAGCUAAAAUUCAGCCCUGACAAGGUCGAUGUCAUGAUAGUGCAAGCUAUAGGCCUGUUAGAUGACCUUGAUCGUGAGGUUAACAAGUUCGGAAUGAGGCUUAAGGAGUGGUAUGGAUGGCACUUUCCAGAGCUUGACAAGAUUGUGUCAGAUAACCUCUUGUACGCCAGAGUAAUAAAACGCAUAGGAAUGCGUGAAAAUGCUAAAAACGCUAACCUCUCUGAUAUACUCCCUGAAGACGUUUGUAAAGAGAUUGUACAGGCCUCUGAAAUUUCAAUGGGAAGUGAGAUAUUUAAGGACGAUUUGGAGUCGAUUACAGAACUCGCAUCAAGACUUGAGGAGCUUCUGGAGUACAGGCAAACUUUGGAAGAGUACCUCAAGUAUCGCAUGAACGUGAUUGCACCGAAUCUUACUUACAUGGUCGGUGAGCUUAUUGCCGCCAGGCUCCUAUCACACAGUGGUUCCCUGAUGAAUCUAGCUAAACAUCCUGCCUCUACAGUCCAGAUUCUUGGUGCUGAGAAGGCGCUGUUCAGAGCCCUUAAAACAAGGUCUCACACACCUAAAUACGGUAUAAUAUACCACGCUGGACUCGUAGGACAGUCGUCGCCAAAGCAUAAGGGUAAAAUCUCCAGAAUUCUGGCGGCUAAGCUCGCUCUCUGUGUCAGGGUCGACGCGCUUGGAGAAUCUGACAAGCCCACAGUCGCGCUUGAAAAUAAAAAAUACGUUGAAAAUAAAUUAGUACAGUUACUUUCCGAUGGAAAUCAAAAACGUAAACUUUUUAAGCCAACAAUCAACACCGAUAAGAAAAGAUUAAAACAAUAAUCUUUUUGACUCUUUACAUGGUUUUUUCUCAAUUUUUCACAUUAUUUACACUAAUUAUGAAUAAUUUAUCCUAUAAAUAAUGUUUAUUUGGGUGUAUUCACGGUAAUUAGGGCACGAUUGACCCCUGAUUCAACUGCAAAGGUAACGUGUAUCACGAACUUAUGUAAACUUGGCACUUAAUAGUAUUAAUAUAAAUAACUCUA